AUGCAUUCUCCUUCGGCCUUGUACUUCUGGGCCACGAUGUUGCUCCUCGAGGGCGGCUCGAUGGCCCAGGAUUGCGUUCCGCUGCCUCUGUCCAUGGGCAUUAACAAUGUGACUCUUCCCUCGGGUCAAUCCCGUCGGGGCAUAUCCAUCAAAGUUGGCACUCCGGAGCAAGAGUUGUCGUUUUUGCCUCGAUGGGGCAACAAUAAUACUUUCAUCUACGGGCCAAAGUGCGAUAAUGAUGGCAAAGCGGCUUCCUGCCAGACAUGGCGAGGAGGAUUUUACGAUCCCUCAAAGUCCAGCACAAAGGGCGCCACGGCAAUGGACUACAAGCCGCUGGUCGAACCCUUCAACGAAGACACAUACAACAUUAUCACCGAGACCAUCAGCUGGAGUGAGGACCUGACUCUGAACAAGUUCCCCAUCGCGCGCCCGAAAAACACCUCGACGUGGGAUCUCCAGGGCUACUCGCCGCAGAACCUCAUCGGCAUGGACUCAGGAUCUACCAUCAUGGAGGCCCUCAAGAACGCGGGUCGUAUCGCCUCCAAGUCGUUUAGUUUCUGGUGGGGGCUCGACGGCGUCGAGGCAAAGGACCAAAAGGGAGGUUCUUUCGUGCUAGGAGGAUACGACAGGGCCAAGGCUCUGGGUGACGGUUUGACAACUCAGCUCUCUAACUACGCCAGUUGCUCGACCGGCAUGGUGGUCAGCAUCCUGGACAUGGUUCUCAACUUUCCGAAUGGAACCGAUGUUUCCAUUUUCGAUGAUGACAAUGGCGGCACGGCACUCCAGGCUUGCAUUGUUCCGGAUCUACCAAAUGUUAUGGCCAUGCCGUAUGAUCCGUACUUUACCAACCUGGGCCUCGCCAUCGACAAUUUCGAGGACGGUCGGAGCAUGGGGAUUGACUUUUGGAACGUCGUUCUCGACCCUGACAGGGACAUUUACGGUGGCGAUUUGACCUUUAAGCUGGGCGGCAGCUUGGACAUUACCAUCCCCAACCGCCAGCUCAUUGUCCCCGAGAGGACCAUCAAUGACAAGGGAGAGAUUGUCACCAACUCAUCCCGACCUGUCAUUCGCAUCAACUCGCUCCAGCAAAUAUCCAAGAAUGCGUUCCCCAGUCUCGGCCGCUAUUUCCUGACGGCCGCAUACGUCGUCACCAACAGAGAUGCCGGGGAAUUCACCAUCUACCAGGCCAACCCGACCAGCAGCGAGGACCUUGUCGCCCUCGGCGAGGAUAACAAGUCCAUCAACGCCCAGGCAACCUGCACGGUUGCCCCGACCGCCUCAGCUGACCCUGGCGAAGGCGACGGCAAGGAUAGCAACAGCAAUAACAGCAACAACGAUAGCAACAACGAUAGCAACGAAAACACUGGCAAUUCUCCCAAUGAAGCAAACAGCGGUCUAUCUACCGGUGCCGUCGCAGGCAUCGCAGUCGGCAUCUGCGUCCCCGUCAUCGCGGGCGUAGCAUUCCUCGUCUGGUGGCUGAUGAAGCGCAAGAACGCCAAGGCCGCAGCGGAACAGCACCACUACCAGUCAACAGCCGCAUACAUGUCCAGCCCGAGCGAGCCCAAGAACGGAUAUCCCACCCAAGGCGUGCCGCACUAUAUCCCCCAGGAGAUGUCUGCGGAUAACCAGCCCAAGCAGGCCCCCUUCGAGAUGCCUGGUUAA